AUGUUGUCCAACAUUAGUUUUAGUCCUGCUCCCGAGUUGGUCGAUCUAUAUGGCUUGGUCCUGCAGUUUUUGGUACCCGCGGAGACGACAUUGUUUUACUUUAACCCGACAAAAAGCAAUUGCAGUUGGGAAAUACUUCAAAGGACCAAUUUAACCCAACAGCCUCAGAUUGUCUGGCUUAGAGAGGAAAUGUAUCCAGGAUUGUACAACCGACAUAGUAGUCAAAUCUUUGCAAUGGUUUGUCUAUCUGAAAGGUUAUAUGAAUGGCAAAUACGGCUUUUAGCUAAAAGUUUGACAAGAUUUCGGUUUGUAAGGAUACUCAUCGAGAUUCAGGAUAAGGAGAGCUACUUCUUGGCCUCUCAAGUCCUUUCGCUUUGCCAGCACUAUAGUAUGCUGAAUGUGGUGAUGUACUUCCAACGUUGGACUCGGCAUCUUAAUAUCUACACUUACACGGCUUUUCCAUAUUUUAAUCUUGCAAAACAGCGUUUAUCAGGAGCAUCCCCACCGAGGGUUUUUACCAACCAACUAGCUGAUCUCCGCGGUUAUCAACUGAGAGUUCAACCGGAUUUAUCGCCUCCCAAUUCAUUUUCCUAUCGAGAUAAACACGGUGAAACCCGAAUAGGCGGGUUUAUGUGGAAAAUUAUAGAGAACUUCUCUGAAACUUUGGGAGCUGGCAUUCAGAUUCUAUAUCCAACAUGGCGAAAAGCCCAGGUGUCAUCUUCGGAAUAUAUGCUGGAGUUUACUAGGAAUGGAAGCUCGGAUUUUGGUUUGACCACCAACAUGAUAAUAUUUAAGCCCGAGGAGAGAUAUCAAGACUAUAGCUAUCCAAUGUUCUACUCCAGUUGGUGCACCAUGUUGCCCUUGGAGAAGCCCUUGAGUGUCCACACCUUAUUUGGUCAUGUACUCACAUCCGGAACAGUAGUUCUACUCCAUUUAAUUGCAAUCCUGUGUUUCCUGGUAGUCCCACAACUGAUUAAGUUAUUACACAUAAGAUUUCGUGGAAAACUAAUUCGUUUGGCUUUAAGGAUUUUUAGUUUGGUGAUGCUAAGUGCUAGCUCUGCCCAACUCCUUUCCCUACUGAUUUUUCCACCUGUCCAUUCAAGGAUCAAAAGUUUUGAUGAUCUUUUGUUGUCGGGCUUGAAAAUCUUUGGAAUGCGGAACGAGUUCUAUUUUCUGGAUGGCAGCUUUCGGGCCAAGUAUGCUUCAGCUUUUUACCUCACAGAUAAUCCCAAUGCAUUAUAUGACAAUAGGAACUACUUUAACACCAGUUGGGCCUAUACCAUUACAUCGGUGAAGUGGCGAGUGAUCGAAGCUCAACAGAGACAUUUUGCCCAUCCAGUUUUCCGAUUUUCCGAGGACUUGUGCUUUAAUUGGUCCUCACCCUGUGCAUUACUCAUAGCCCCAGAGUCUAUCUACCGGGAAUCUCUUCAUCAUUUCACCCUGCGGGCAGAUGAGGCUGGAUUGAUUAACCUCUGGAUGACUCAGAGUUUCUAUGAUAUGGUUAGAGCUGGAAGAAUGACCAUCAAGGACUACAGCGGUACAACAGUGAUGAGGGCGUUGAGGACAAAGGACCUGCGAAUAUGCUGGACUAUCUUCGCAGCUGGUCUGGGGACUUCAUCCGUCGUCUUUACCAUCGAAUUGCUUCUGUUCUACACCAACGUAUUUCUCAAUAGCCUGUAG